ACAAACAUUUGCGCAUGCUCAACGUGAGCUUCAUGGGCAGCCGCCUGGUGAGGCUGUUGCUUGCAAUGUUUAGAAGCAGAAUCUCGACGCUCACGCAGACGAUUUAAAUCAUAAACCCACUGUAAAUGGGUUUAUCACUACACCAGACAUUUCUUUCGCGAAUUCCGUUCACAUCUCCAGUCUGUUUUGAAUGGAUAAUAUCGUCCACGUCUCACCGAGAAGCCUUACGACGCCCCGUCAGCAGCGGUAGCCAUAGCUUGAUCGCUGACGCUGGAGAACAGCGUGAUCUGACUCUGCAAUGGCAGUCUUUAGUCACCAGGUGCUCCUGGCAGUCACCAGAUCAAGAGGAUCGUAUUUGUUGUCCAAGAGGCACAGCUGCUCCUCUCUGUCCUCCAGAUCGUAUCUGCGCGUAGACGCUCCCCGCCACGCCUCGUCUUCGUUUCCUCCCAGACACUCCCGCUACGGCCACCAUCACUGCGCCCGCGCCCACUCCCUCAGCCGCGGCGACGGCUCCGUCCUGCUCGCCCGGGCUCUGCACAGCUCCGCCGUUUGGCUCCAGGAUGUGAAGCAGGAAGACACCAAAACGUCUCCGGCAGCUCCUCAGGACGGGGAGAAAAAGGACUCUGCUGCUGCUGCUGCCGCUGCUGCUGCUGCCGCUGCCAUGGUAACGGACUCUCCGCCGCCGUCAGCUCCGACGGUCGCUGCAGCAGCAGCUGCCGUUCCUCCAGCCCAAGAGAGGGCGCUGGUGAAAAAGUCUCUGUAUCAGAGGAUUGUUGACGAGUUGAAGCAUUACUACAACGGCUUCAGGUUACUGGGAAUCGACACGAAGAUCGCUGGGCGGACGGUGUGGAGUCUGCUGCACGGGCAGGUCCUGACGCGCAGGGAGAGGCGGAGGCUGUUGAGGACCUGCGCCGACCUCUUCCGCCUCGUUCCCUUCAUGUUGUUCAUCAUCGUUCCCUUUAUGGAGUUCCUGCUUCCCGUCUUCCUCAAGCUGUUUCCAGAAAUGCUGCCAUCCACGUUUGAGACGGAGUCAAAAAAGGAGGAGAAGCAGAAGAAAGGCUUGGCUGCGAAGCUGGAGCUGGCCAAGUUCCUCCAGGAAACCAUCGCUGAAAUGGCCCAAAGGAACAAAGCGAAAGCCCAGAUUGAGGACGAAACCCAGAGAUUCUCCACAUACGUUCAGCAGGUUCGGGGAACCGGUGAGCAGCCGUCCACCAAGGAGAUCGUCCGCUUCUCAAAGCUGUUUGAAGACGAGCUGACCCUGGAGCACCUGGAGCGCCCCCAGCUGGUGGCUCUGUGCAAACUGCUGGAGCUGCAGCCCAUCGGCACCAACAACCUGCUGCGCUUCCAGCUGAUGAUGAGACUGAGAGCCAUCAAGUCGGACGACGAGAUGAUCUCGGCGGAGGGCGUGGCGGCCAUGAGCGUGUCGGAGCUGCAGGGGGCGUGUCGCAGUCGUGGGAUGCGUUCUCUGGGUCUGACCAGCGACCAGCUCCGCCAGCAGCUGCAGCAGUGGCUCGACCUCCACCUGAAGGAGAACGUUCCUCCGUCGCUGCUGCUGCUCUCCAGAGCCAUGUACCUGACCGACCUCAAGCCAAAGCUGCCCGUCAUCCCGCCAGUUCCCAAGAUGGAGAAGGCUUCUCCUUCUCCUGCAGAAAACCCAGCAGCAAACCCGACCGCCACCGGGUCGGAGCGACUGGCAGACCCGGCCGUCAUCAUCAAAGACAGACCGGUGGAGGAGCUGCGGGACAAAGCCCCCGUGGUUCUGGACAAACCGUUAACUCCUGCUGAGGUUCUUCAGGCUAAAGCGGCGACCGAAGUGUCCCAGAAGAGCAAGAUGAGCGCCAACGGCGUGUGAAGAGGAGCGGCUGUGAUGAAGCUGGAGGACCUGGCGUUCAUGUCUGGACCUGUCUGGAUUCUGAUCCGGGACAGUCUGGAUCCCGAUCCGGGACAGUCUGGAUCCUGAUUGUUGCUUUGCUCCAUGUUCGCCUUGUUGACCCCUGCUAACUCCGUCGUUGACCUCAUAUCUGGGCGAGGCGUUCAGAUCCGUUUCGACUCGUCUCCGUCAUUCUUUAGCUCUGAAAUCCCGUUUCCGUUCCUCUUCCUCCUCUGUGUGUAAAUUUGUAAAUAUUAUAUAUAUUUUCCUCCUGCACCACAGAAGCAGCAGCUCUGUACGGUUUGCUAUGCAAAGGCCAGAGCACUUUGUUUCCUAUCAGGUCGGUUUUAUUUGCUGAUGCUUUUAAAAACUCCCCAGAGAAACUUUGCUGAACCCACAUUCAGUUUUCUGUUCUUAUCGUCCAAAAUGAAGAUUAUAUUCAGCAGAAAUUUGUUAAAUUGCACCCAGAAUGUCAGGAAUCAAAUGUUUCUGUGUGAAUCAGCAAAUGAAGACUUUUGGUUUGGUUUCAGUCUUCACUAGUAAACAAACCACUGAAAGGACAAUCUGUACAAACACGUGCAGAUAAAAAUAUAAAUAUAUUUUUUUGCAUAUUUGUUGUAUGUUUUGAACACUAGAAUGACAGCCUGUCCUAAAUGUAUAAAGAGAAUAUUCUUGAUCAUAUAUUUGUGCUGAAUAGUUUUAUUAUGGCAGUAACAAGUAAAUUGUGUACAGAUGGAUUUUCCCUCCUUCAGUCAUUAUUAUUUUUUUAUUUUCAUUUUGACCCCAUCAAUGUUCUGCACAAAACCUGAAAUUGAUGCAUAAUAAUCAUAAUAUCUGUUCUGUUUAUCCUAGAAGCUGAAACAGUUUUGUGCCAAAGGCUUAAAGUAAUUUGGUUGCAGGGUGACUUAUAAAUACAAUCUAAUGUUUUCUUUCUUUAUAUCACUUCUAAUUGUAAUCUUGUUUUUUGUUUUUUUUUCUUUUUAUGUUGAAAAAAAUGCAGAACAUAUUUUCAAAAAGUGUCUAAACUUCAGUCACCCAUUCUGAGUUGCACACAGACACUUUAGGCUCCGGCUACAAGAAUAUUUAAUUAUGAGAAUAAAGUCAGAAUAUUAGCAAAGUAAAGAUGAAUUUUUACCAGAAAACUCAUAAAAAUAAAUGUUUAAGAUCUGAUGUGAUCGCCUCGGUUCACGCCGUUUAUUUUUUUUAGCUGUUUCCACUGAUCAUAAUCUGAUGUUGAUGUGUUUAAAAUUGCUCUUUUCAUUUUUCACGUUAGAGUUCUUAAAAUUACGACUUUAUUCUCGUAAUUUAAAAUAAUCUCAGCCCUAAUAUUUUGUCGUAGAGUUGAUCUGAAUUCAAAUAAAUAGAAGCCGUGAAACAAGAUGGCCGCCUUCGGCCACUGACAUCACUGAUCUAUGGAAACCAAUUAGUGGAAAAAUAAUAGAUUUGAUUAAUAGAAAAAAUCUUACUGAUCGCCCAGCCGUAGAUAAUCCAUAUGAAUCCCUGCUGUGUUAAUCAUUGGUUUUAAUAUUGAUGAAAAAAGUUUUUUUAAAUUUUUUUUAAACUCUGAAACGUAAAAAAAAAAAAGCAUUAACAAAAUGUAGCUGCUUUGCUGUGUGUUCGCUCCGCUGCUAGAUUUAAAACCCAACAUUUACCCCUGAACAGUGACUUAAUCUCUGAUCUCCACUCAGAUGGGAUUAUGAGAAGAGCAGCUCCAGGUUGUUUAACGAUGUAGACAGAAAACAAAACUAAAGCAUCAACUGCACCAGGUUUGACGUUGAAACAAACCUGCAGCGUUUCUCCUUAUCAAUGCUUUUUUUUCUCCUGGUCGGUUUGUUUUAUUUCUGUUUUCUGCAUUAUGCCGUCAUCUGUCUGGAAACUGUUGGCUCAGAAAUUAAACUGUGGUCCAGAUUAUCUGACUUCAAUCUCCCAAAACGACGACGAAACAGAAUCCAUGAAAUUAAAGAAAUGAUACAACCUUUUA